AAGCCGGGAAAUCUUUUCAGGUCCCAUGCAGCGGAAGGGGAACCAAUCAGCAUUAUCAAUGCUAUUCUUCUGCCUGGAGUGCUAGCGUACUGUUUGUGUAAUGCAUGCCUCAAGCUUGUCAACUACGCCUUUUUCUUCUGGUUACCGUUGUACCUGACGGAAGCUUAUCACUGGGAAGAAACGAAGGACAAGAUGGGAUGCCGAGCGCCGCUGAUCGUUGCCAUGCUGAUUUGCUCUAUUGGCUCACUAUUUGUGUAUGCUCGUAUAGGCGCCAAUGUGAUCUGGAACGCAUUUUUCAUGACGGUUGUCGGUGUUACGAUUUCUGGUCCGUACAAUUUAAUUGUCGGUACGAUAUCUAUAGAUUUGGGGUCACAACCGAUACUCGCAUCCAAUGCGCAGGCUAUGUCAACCGUGUCCGGAUUGUUAGAUGGGACCGGAUCUGCAGGAAGUGCUGUCGGCCAGCUGUUCGUUCCAAUAAUGCAAGCUUCAUUCGGGUGGCAAGUCUGUGUUCUAUCUCUUCAUGGUGUUGAACGCCCUCGCAAUCGCUUGCAUCAUGAAACGAUGUGUGAUGGACCUGAAACCGUGGUUCUCGUCAUCUCCAGAAUUUACGCCCCUUCUGAGUGA